GUCUUUGAUUAGAUAUUAGGGAGCAAUAAAUACUGUCUUGGUUAAGGAUUGUAAUCAUUCAACGAGAAAUCAUAUUCGUCAAAUUCAUCACAAUGGCUCUUCUCACUUUUGUUUACAUUUUGCUUGCAUUUUACAUUGGCUCGUCCGUGCAAACUGAAUAUCGUAAAUGCGAGGGUGGAUUACCUGAACCUAGUAACUUAAAAAUCGAAGGUUGUGAUAAAUUACCUUGUUUAUUUGUCAAAGGUACUGAUUUAAAAGCGCAAUGGGAUUUUGUAGUUACUGCCGAUACUGCUACCUUAAAACCACAAGUUAAAUUAACGGUAUUGGGUAUUACUACGGAUUUUGAAUAUCCACAUCCAGAUGCAUGCGAGGAUUUAAUAAAUUCCGAAUGUCCUUUGGAAAAAGGAGAAUUGGUCACUUAUGCAUUAACAAUGUCUAUCUUGAAAAGCUAUCCAAAUAUAAGAUUGGAAGUUGAAUUCUCUCUUCUCGACGAAAAUAAGAAUGCCCAAGUUUGCUUUAUAAUUGAAGGAAAAAUCAAGCCAAAUCAGAAUUAUUGAUAAUGUUUUUUAUACGUAUAAUUAAGCUUACUAACUAUUAUUAUUAUUAUUAUUAUUAUUAUUAUUAUUAUUAUUAUUAUUAUUAUUAGUAUUGUUGUUGUAAUAAUUAUUAUUGUUAUACGUUAAUGAUCAAAAUAACGAAUUAGUCAUAUAUGAGAAAUAGUUGUAUGCAAUUUAAUCGUUAAAAUUCAUCGAGAAUGUGAUACGAUAUUGUUCAGUGAGACAGCCGUACAUGAAUGCAUACAUGCAUACAUACAUACAUACGUACAUGCACACAUGCAUACAUAUGUGUCACGGAUCGAUUCAGCAGAGAGAGGAAGGAAACAGCUAGGAGAAAAGGACUAGAUAUAUUUUUCGAUUUUAAUAGUCUCUCUCAUUUUUCACUGGGAAAAUCUAUUGUAAUUUAAUUCGUAUUGAAAUAACAUCCUAUAAAUAUUAUUAAUUCGAAUUAA